UCCAUCUAAUGCCGCUAAAGAAACAUGUGGAGAACCAAGGUGUGCGAUGAGAUCUCUACUGAUCGCCGCAGUCCACCAGUGAUCAUGCGGGCGGCCGAGGAAUCGGUGAGGGUGACUUCGGGCAGCAGGGAGAGUGCACAGAUUGUCAGAGGAGAACGACUACACGCAAGAUCGGCACCUGCACAAGUCUCAUGGAGGUGGAGACCGGUAGCGACGAGGCAACCGGCCGGGGGCAAAGAGUCAAGAGACUGCAAGGAAGGGGAAACGGCCUCAACGCACCGCGGGGGGGGACGGCGCAAGUGCCGCGGGGCUGGGCGGCGGAGGCGCCGGGGGGAGGGCGGCGGAGGUGCCGCGGGGGACGGCACAGGUAGUGUCGCCAAAAAAGUCCGGGUGUCCACGCCCGGACGGGACGCCGUCAAAAAGAAGUUAUCGAUGACGCAGCGAUUGCAGAUUGUCAAGGAGGUCCAGGGGGGGGGCUAAGAGGAGCAUGGUUGCUGCAAAGUGGAACGUCGGUACUUCGUACAUCAGCAAGUUGACGAAGCCGGAGAAAGUCGCUGAGCUUGAGAAAGUCCGAGACAUGGAGCUCAACCCGGACGCCCUUCGCGCCCCGAAGCCGGUACACGACGAAGUGGAGGAGAAACUACGCAAGUGGAUUAAGAUCGCAUGAGCACCCUUUAACGCAACCAGGAUGCGUGACUGGUUCGAUUAUCCAGGCCCAGGCCUUGA